AUGUUAAAUCAAAAAUGCUUUAUGGUCAAUCUCUUACAAAGCAUGAUUCUCUCAUACUCAAUUUAUCAUUAAUUCGAAAGUGCAAGUCUACUCAAUUUGAUACAAUUAAUAAUUAUAACUUCAAUUACUUUGGCAUUAAUAUUAGUAUAACAUGUAUAUAAUAAGUUCAUGUUACAAGGAACUAUUAUAUGCAUAUAAUUAGAUAUGAUUUGUUUAAUAAUAAUGAAUGUACACAAUUUUGGUAGGAUACCCUUUUCAUAAAUCAUAAUUGCUUAAAUAUUAAUAAAAGACUUGUUUUUAGAGUUUAAGUUGUGUUUAAAAUCUCAAUUAUUUGCAUUAUAAGCAAUAAUCUCAGUAUUUUUACUAGUUUACUCAUAUUUAAAAAUUGAAUUUGAUAGAGAAUAACCUUAAUUAUUGAUAUCUUUAAUAAUAUCAAUAUACUUCAAUUCCUCAUUAACAAAAUAAAAACCAUCUAAAAUUACAUCGAUUUUAACUGAAAUUACAAAUACAAACAAAUAAGAAAUACUGAAUUCAAAAAGAGGUGUCUCAUAAUUUGAUUUAGAUUAAAAUCCAAAUUCUGCAGGUAUAAGGGAUACAUCAGCAACAACUGAGAAUAAUAUUUAUGAAUCAGCUAUUUAAUGUUUAGAAUUAUUAUAAGAAGGAGUUAUUUUAUUAGUUCCAGAUUCUAAUUCUUCUAAUUUUCCUUAUUAUAUCAAAUAUUUAAAUUAAGCUACAAAAAUGUUAUUCAAUAAAGAGACUGAACAAGAAGUACUUUAAUUUAUUGAUGGAUUAAAUACAUUUUAAUUAGUUAAUGGAGAACCAAACGAUGAUUUAUUAUUUGUUUCACAGAUUUAAAGGUAACCAUCUUUAUAUCUUUUUAAAUAAACGACUGAAAUCAAAGAUUAAACAUAUUUAUAAUAAAGAAAUCUUAGUUUAGAUAUGUCAAUGGGUUAAGAAAAGAGUCAAAAAUAUAAUAUAAAAUAUAUAAUAGACAUGUUAUUAAAAUAAAAAAAUUAAGAAUGUAUAGUUGUUUAAACACAAUUAAAUUUAAGAUAUACAGUUUUUACAAAUUAAUAAAUAUAAUCAUCUCAAACCUAAAUUAAUUCAGAAAAUAAUUAAUUAUUAGAAUUAACAUUGACUUUGAGUAAAAAUUAAAAUAUAAUCAUAAUUUGUAGAGAUGUAACUCAUAGAUAAAAAAUUAGAUAUUUAAAAGAAUAUGAUAAAUAAAAGUCAAAAAUGCUCUCAUUUGUUAGUCAUGAAUAUCGUUCUCCUUUAAAUUGUAUUAUUUAGAUGCUAGAAUGUGUACUUAAAUAAAGUAUAAUUAAGAAAAAUUAAGAUAUAAAUGAAUAAUUACAAAUAGCCUUAGAUAAUUCAAAUUAUAUUUUAAAUUUAUCUAAUGAUCUAUUAGAUUUAGCUUAAAUUAAAAAUGGUAAAUUUAAAGUAGAAAAGGUACCAUUUAAUUUGUAAACUUUAAUUGAAGAAUGUUAAAGAAUGUUUGAAUUAAAAGCUAAAUUGAGAGGAGUUCAAUUAUCUAUUAAUUACAAUUCUACUCUUCCUAAAACACUUUUUUCAGAUAGAAAUAGAAUUAAGUAAAUAAUUGUAAAUCUAUUGAGUAAUGCUUUUAAAUUUACUUAAAGUGGUAAAAUUAAAAUAAUACUUGAAUUACUAAAAUCAAAUAUAUUAAGAAUUGGAGUAAAAGAUGAAGGAAUUGGAAUUUCAGAAGAAGAUCAAUAAAAAUUAUUUAAGGCUUUCUCAAAAGUAAAUUCUGAAGAAAGCAGAAAACUCAAUUAAUAAGGAGUUGGGUUGGGUUUAGUUAUAAGUAAUUAAAUAGCUUAAAAUAUUGGUUCUAUUGGUUUGAAUAUAGAUUCAAAAAAUGAAAAAAAUAAUCAUUAUUGUUAUUUUUAUUUUGAUAUAUUGAUUGAUGACUUUAGAUAAAAGAAAGUAUCAAGUUUCAGAAUACCUGAAAUUUCAUUAUAACCUUAAGAAGUUGAUGAAAUAACUAGUUUUAAAAAAAUACCUUCAAACAUAAAAGAAGAUUUAUCUACUUAAUAAAUUUGUCUUCAUUAUUUAAUAGUUGAUGAUGAUUGUUUUAACAUAUUUGCAUUUAAAGGAAUGUUAUAAGAAUUAUAUAAAAAUAAAAAACAUUUGUUUACUAGUGAAUUUGAUAUUGAUUCAGCCUUAUCUGGAAAUGAAUCUAUAACAAAAAUAAAGACAAAAAAAUGUUGUAGUACUUGUUAAGGAUAUAAAAUUGUUUUUAUGGAUAUUGAAAUGCCUGGAAUGAAUGGCUAAUAAACUACUAAAAAUAUAUUACAAAGUUUACCAAAUUAGAUUAUUAUUGGUUGUAGUGGUUAUACAGAUUAAUAAGAACAUUAAAAGUGUAUUAGUUCUGGUAUGGCAGAUUUUUUAGUUAAACCAAUCAAAGAAUUAUAAUUAAUUCAAAUACUCAAAAAGUAUUAAUGA